AUGGUCUCCUCUCAAACGCGACUCCUGUUAUUUCUUCGCUGCUCUCUCCCUUCUUUUCACACCCUACUCCUAUCGUUCAUUACCUCCUUCCUCGUAUGGGCCAGCCCAUUAUGUCGUCCAAAUAAACUUUUGGGUCCUCUUACUCUCACCCUCUCUGAUUACCAA